AUGGCUACUUCUGGAAAAGUUAUCAAAUGCAAAGCUGCUGUUGCUUGGGCCGUGGGCAAACCACUCUCUCUGGAGGAGGUGGAGGUUGCACCCCCAAAGGCAGGUGAAGUCCGUAUCAAGAUGGUGGCAACUGGCAUCUGUCGCACAGAUGAAAAUCUUCGGCAAGGUCUUUUUCCCAAUGCAGAUUUCCCAGUUAUCCCAGGACAUGAAGGAGCAGGAAUUGUGGAAAGCAUUGGAGAAGGAGUGACCUCAGUGACACCAGGUGACAAAGUCAUUCUCCUUUGUGUUCCUCAAUGUGGAAAAUGCAGCUUCUGCCUGAAUCCUGAAACCAACUUCUGCCUGAAGUGCCAUAUGUUUGAAUCACAGUGCGUGCUGCCUGACAAGACCACACGAUUCACUUCCAAAGGGCAGCAGAUCCACCACUUCAUGUGGGUCAGCACCUUUGCAGAAUACACUGUGGUCCCACAAUAUGCUGUUGCCAAGAUUGAUGCUGCUGCACCUCUGGACAAAGUCUGCUUGCUGGCUUGUGGCUUUCCCACAGGAUAUGGAGCUGUCAUCAACGCUGCCAAGGUAAAACCAGGCUCCAGCUGUGCUGUCUUUGGCCUCGGAGGAGUUGGCCUCUCUGUUGUCAUGGGCUGCAAGGCAGCUGGAGCUUCCCGCAUCAUUGCCAUUGAUGUCAACAAGGACAAGUUUGCCAAGGCCAGGGAGCUGGGAGCCACUGACUGCAUCAACCCUCAAGACUUCAACAAGCCCAUCCACGAGGUGCUCAUUGAGAUGACCACAUAUGGUGCAGACUACACCUUUGAGGCUGCUGGGAAAUUGGAUACCUUGGCUGCUGCCAUGACCUCCUGCAAUCCCAGCACCGGCGUGUGCGUAAUGGCUGGAGAUCCACCUGCUGGCUCAAUGCUUACAAUCGAUCCUAUGCUUCUGCUGACAGGGCGUGCGUGGAAGGGGACUAUGCUAGGAGGUUGGAAAAUGAGAGAUGCUGUCCCUAAGUUGGUGUCUAGCUAUUUGGAUAAGAAAUUCAGAUUAGAUGUGCUAAACACUCACACGCUGCCCUUUGCUAAACUGGAGGAGGGACUGGAGUUGUUACGUGCAGGAAAAAGCAUUCGCACCGUCCUGCUCUUCUGACAGAUGCAGCCACGGGAG